UCUUUAUUUAUUACUCUCAAUCCAAAGCUCCUUUAUUAUUGGCUUCUAGGAUUCCAACUUUUCACUUUGACUUAAUUCUUCUAUUCAAACAUCAUCACAAGAUUCAUUUUUUAAAAAAAAUAUGAAGUUCUUUAAUUGGAUGCAUAACAAGCUCAAUGGUGGACAAGGAAGUAGGAGGUCUAAUGCUAUUCCAAUUACUACAAAUCAUAAUAUAAAUGAAGAAUUCAAAGAUUGGCCAGAUUCCUUGUUAUCAAUUGGAACUUUUGGCAAUAGAAGCAGUGAUCUCAAAGAACAGAGCAAAUUACACGUGAAAGACGAUGAACAAACUUCUUAUUCUUCUCCAGAGUUAGCAGAAUUCACAUCUGAAGAAGUCGAGAAGUUACAAAAGGAGUUAACAAAGUUACUAUCACGAAAACCAUCACCAACUGCUAGUAAUUCUGAGUUUGUUAAGAUCAAGAACAAUGCUGCCAAUGCUGAUCAUAUCCUUCCGUUGGACAGAUUUCUUAAUUGUCCGUCGAGUUUGGAAGUUGAUCGUAGGGUAAAUUCCAGUAGAUUUAGCAGUGUUAAUUAUGCGUAUGAUUACGAUGAGGAAGAAAUCGACAGAACAAUAAGAGUAAUUAUAGGUAGAUGCAAGGAUGUUUGUAGAAAACAGAGCAAAAAGAAAUCAAUUGGGAUGAAAUCAAUUUCUUUCCUUCUCAAGAAAAUGCUUGUUUGUACAAAGGGUGGUUUUGCUCCUGCUCCCAGUUUACGUGACACAUUUCCCGAAUCAAGAAUGGAAAAGCUUUUGAGGACAAUGCUUUCCAAGAAAAUACAUCCCCAAAAUGCCCCUCGAACAUCAACAAAGAGAUAUUUAGAGGAAAAACAUCCACAAAGAGAAGAGAAAGAAGAGAAAAAAAGAGAGGAAAAUAGUUAUGAUGGAUCUAAAUGGGUGAAGACUGAUUCUGAAUUUAUCGUCUUGGAAAUAUAGAUAUCGCCUCUCUGCUAGUUGUUCCAUUCUGGAGAAGUCAAUGUAUUAUGAUAGUAUAAAUUUUUUGUUUAGGGCAAAAAGGUCAAAUUUACUCAUGUACUAUCGUCUCUGUUAGACUUUUGUUCUAUUAUUAUCCACGUUAGAGGCCUUGUUUUUGUUGUGAACCCUUAUUAUAUAGGGUAAAGACAAUCGCCUUUUCCUAACGGAAGGAUAAUAUUAGACCAGAAAUCUUUGUUCGAUUGUAACUAGUAUACACGGGCAAAUUUGACCAUUUUUUCCAAUUUUCUCUACAAUCCUGUUUGGGUUUUUCUUCAAAGCAAAACCUUAAUGGCCCUCCAAUAUUGUACAAAUAUAGCUUUAUCUAAGGUUUCUUGUCCUUUUUUUCAUGGUUGUAUCUGUUAAUAAUGGAUGCAACA